CAUCAGUCAAGGACAGACCCUCUUAGUGAAUACAAGUGUUUGGUACAAGUUCAAAAAUUCUACCUGCUACACAAAAAAAAAAUUAAAAUGGCGGACAACGUGUACUCGACACCUGUGAAUACAAUCACCAGAGAGACUUUAACAGUGUUAAUUACGAAUAAUGUAAUGAAUGAAUCAUUGGAGUUCAAUUCGGAUUGUGAAGAGAUGGAAACAGAGUCGCCAAUAAGGAAACCAAAUCUGCGUCCAAUCAGUAAAAAGCUAUUCCACUCACCAUUAUCUGAACACAACAGCAACGAGGAUACAUUCACACGACGUAAUAAUGAUCAAAGCAAGAGAUGUAGAAAAAGAAAACAGAAUUUAAUCCCGGAUUCUUGUAAAAAAAUAAAAAAAGCACACAUAACUGAGUGCAAUAGAAGUGGAUAUAGUCCGGAGACGAGCGGUGGAAUGAGAAAAAAGGUGCUGAUAAGUUUGUUUUAUAAUAAGGAGUAUUCAAUGGAUGUGGAUUCACCAAGUUGAAUUCUAUUUUAAAAUAAUAACUUGGUGAUACACUACCAUAUUUAUUUAAUUAAUGAGCAGUAUUGUAUAUUUUUUUUCAAACAAAAUUGAGAAUAUAUACAAUACACAAAUAUAUACUUGAAGUAACCUUUAAUUUUAGAUACAAGUAAUGUGAGGUACUGAACACUAUAAGGUAAUCACAUAGUUGCUAUACAUUAUGGACAUCCGAUAGUAAAUACUAUUCGUAACGGGUUGUAUUUCUAAUUAACACUAUUGUGGUUAAUAUAAAAUGCUUUUGUAAUUCUUUGCUUCGGAUUCAUCUGCUUAAGAUAUGUACAGUUAAAAUUAAAAUUUAUAUACAUACCUAUACAUUUAAUUGUCAUUAAUCAACCCUAUUAUAAAAAAUGCAUUUAUACAAAAUAGGUUCAUAUUAAUUAGUGACCAAAUGUAUAAUUUUUUUUAAGAAGACAAAUUAGUAAAUUUUGUUCAAAAUUUGCUGUUGUUAUCGAUAAAGUAUGUAUUAUCAACACUGUAUUUUCUGCUGAGAGACUACAUACAGCAUGGGGUUUUUCUAAUAUUUCAUUUGAAAAAUUUAUAAUAACAUAUUUGAGACUUACAUUAAGCACAAAUUUUAAAAUAUAUAAAUAUAAGAGAUUUUGGCAAUUUAUUAAUUUUAUUUAAUGUAAUACUUAUUUCUUAAUCUAUUACUCCUGUAAUAUAUUUAUAAUUAUUAUUAAUAUCUAAUAUAACUAUUAUUAAUAUCUUGCUAUAACUGAAAUAUGGUUGUGUUGUAAGCACUGCUCGUCAACUUAUAUUUUAUACUUCGCUAUUGCCCGCGGCUUCGUUUAGACUUCACUUAUAAUAUAUAACAACUAUCUUAGCAAAAAAGUAAAUUUAAAUAUUUGCCUUCCUAACUAAAAAUAAAAAUUGUUUAUUAUAUACACACCUUAUAUCUAAGUACUAUAAAUAUUAAUAACAUGCUCUUAAAAUAUUACUUAAAGAUAAAAAAUGUCUUUGAGGUCACUGCCGUGCCUAGGAGAUUUGCUGUAUUUUCACGCUGAAUGGCUAUGGAAAUGCAUUGGCCAAUGUAUAGGCCAGCCUUCUGAUCGCCAGAGGUUCCCACUAGCCGGCGUCAUAUCUCUUUGAAAAGACCUAUGACCUCGAAGCCACAGG